AUGAUGACAGGAGGAGCUGGAGCUGGAGGGGGUAGCGCUAGACUACUGCGACUGCAGCAUGCCAUUGCAAGCAUCAGCGACGGGUUCUUCCAGCUGCGGACUGUGCUGUGCGUGCUGCAGUGUCUGGGUAACGCUGCCGACGCCAUUGAGAUCCUCUCGAUUGGGUACAUCUUGGCGGUGUACGAAGACAAGGAGGGGGUGGUGCUCACUCGGACGCAGCAGAGUUUGCUGGCGGCUGCAAUCUUCGCGGGCAUGUUCACUGGAGGGCUGCUGUUCGGCUCCCUGAGCGACUACAUUGGUCGGCGGAAGAGUUUGCUCUACUCGCUGCUGCUGAACGGCGUCUUUGGACUCAUGUCGGCAUUGUCGCCAAAUGUGUACGCACUCAUUAUCUUCCGCACUUGUGCCGGUGUCGGUAUUGGAGGCACCGUGCCGGCAAUGUUCACGCUCUGCUCGGAGCACGUACCUGCGCACCGUCGAGGCUACUACGUCACAAUAGUUGCUGCCUACUGGAUGGUGGGGGCUGUGUUUACUGCAGGGUUAGCGUGGUUCAUGUUGGGGCGUCCAGAGGCGGCGUAUUCAUGGCGUGCAUUUGCUGCAAUUAUCUCGCUGCCAAGCUUUGCCUGCUGGGCUCUCAUGUAUCGAUACGUGCCUGAAAGCGCCCAAUUUUUCCUUCGACACAGGCUGCUGACUGCUGCAGAACUGGUUGUGGAUACUAUUCGAGCCACCAACGCUUCGGACGAUGACGGCUUAACCGAGUCAACGUCGCUGCUGGCUCGGCAUAACUCUACAGGGGCCAGCAAUCAGUCGGAAGUGUAUGCUGAGUCGUCAAACGCUGGCAUCCAAGUCGAGCGGAGCACAUGGACCGCUUUUGGUCUGCUGUUCGAUCCAGUGCUGCGCGGGACGACAAUUUCGUUGCUGUUGUCGUGGUUUUGCUUGAGCUUCGGGUCGUAUGGCCUCGCAACUUGGAUCACGAUGCUCUUCAAUCGCAUCGGACUGGAGGAUCCGUUCGCGAACGCGUUUAUCUACGCUGCUGCGAAUCUUCCUGGAAACAUCAUGACCGCUUUACUCAUGGAUCGCCUUGGAGGGCGUCGUAUUCUUGCGAUCUCCAUGCUGCUCUCCGCUGGCUGUGCCACUGGAUUCGCUUAUGCGAACUCUUCCGCUUCAGGUGCAGCAGCCAUCGUACUGCUGGCCAGUGGGUUUAACGCCUUCAGCACGGCCGGUUGGAACGCGAUUGAUCUUAUGUCCGCCGAGUCGUUCCCGACGGACGUCCGCACGACUGGAAUGGGCAUGCUGUCGGCGGCUGGAAGGGCUGGAUCCAUUGCUGCGCAGUUUGUCAACGGUUAUCUCAUCGGUCCACCUGUUCACGUGACGCUGUUGCUGGUCAUCACGGCCACUAUGAUGCUCCUCGGCAGUGCGAGCUCAGUGUUUGUUCGCGACUUCAGCAACAAGACGCUCCCAGAAUCAGUUGAAGUGAUGCGAGUCACAGAACGCGCGAAGAGAAGCAAGGUGUAGUUGCCACAUCAUCGUUCGAAUUAUUGAUCCCGUUGUCCAACUAAUUCCAGCUAACUCGUAAGGAAAAAAAAGUAUCGCUCAGUGUUCAUAGU